AACAGCUUUCUGGCCUCGCACAGUCGCACUCCUAAAAUAAAAUAAAAUUAAAAAAAAAACUUUCCGGCCUCGUUGGAGUGCAGCGAGAAUGCGAGAUCCGUGCCGCCGGCACCGUCCCUCCCUCCUCGCCGGCCGGCGCGCCCGUCCCGUCCUGUCCUGUCCUGAGUCCUGACCGCCUGCAGAUCACCUGCACGCCCUGCAGAUUACCGACCACCGCUCGUGGGGACAGCCCUCCAUGCUCCUGCGCUCCGCGCCGCGCCGCCUCCACCUACUCCACCCGCACCACCUCCGGCUCCUCUCCGCCGCUGCGCUCGCCUCCGCGGUCCCGGCCCAGGCCCCAACCGAGUGGGCCGAGGCUCCGCUUGCCUCUGUGCACCCUGCCGCCGACGACGCCUCGCUCUUCCACGUCUCCCUCGACCUCUCCGCGCACCGGGGGCUCCUCGCCUCCCACGCCGCCGCCGGCCAGUUCCUCCCCUUCCGCCUCCCCGCCUCGCCCUACCCCAUCUUCCUCGCCAUCGCAUCCCCUCCUCCUCCACCACAACCCGCGCCCGAGGCCCUAGCGGAGCCAGCCUCCUGCUUCGAGUUCCUCGUCAAGCGCCUCCCGGGAACCCCCUCCGCGCGCCUCUGUGACCUCCACCCCGGCGACCUCGUCCAUGUUGGCGCCAGCGUCGUCGGCGGCGGAUUUGAUGUCGCCAGGAUAGCUGACGCCAGCGACGUCCUCGUCUUCGCCACCGGAUCCGGGAUCAGCCCUAUACGGUCACUUAUUGAGUCAGGUUUUGCUGAAAACAAAAAAACUGACGUAAGCCUCUUUUAUGGGGUUAGAAAUCUUCAGAGGAUGGCAUAUCAGGAAAGGUUUGAUGACUGGGAAUCCAGAGGAGUUAAAAUUGUACCUGUCCUCUCAAGACCAGAUGGUCAAUGGACAGGGGAACGAGGUUAUGUCCAGAAUGUGUUCUCAAGGAUGAAGAAUAUUGUAAACCCUUCAUCAGUGGGAGCAAUUUUGUGUGGGCAUAAACAGAUGACUGAGGAAAUCACAAGAGUUCUUGUUGCUGAUGGUUUGUCAAAAGAUAGAAUCUUAACUAACUUCUGACCAGUAGGACACUGUUCCAUCCCUUUUGGAGGUUGUACCACUUUUUUUGUACUAUGGUCGAGCAGCUAUUCUUUACAGUGGCGCAAGUGCAAAUCGCAACAGGAAGACAGUUGCGUGCUUACAAAUAAGUGCAGUUCAUUCUCCAUGUGACCACAUUGGCUUAUUGCUGUACGCCUGAUGUAAAUCUCACAGGCACUGGCCGUAGUUGAGAUAUGUUUUGUAGCAUCUGAGACAUUAAUCCCUUGUUAGGCACUGAUGUACUCAGAACGGCCCUUUUUGGAGAAAUAAAAAAGGGGUAUAGAUGUAGCAUUAUUUUCCGUUAGUAUAGGUUAAGAUAUAGCGCUGAGUGUGCCUUUUGCAGCGCUGAGAUUUUGGUGUAUAUUGUCAAAAUUUUGAAUUAAUUGAGUGGAGGUUAGUAUAUGGAAUGGAUACAUGAUGUUUAAUUGAUAAGUGUUUGACUUC